AUGGUUAGUUUCGAAUCUGUCCAUUUUAACAACUUUGACCUGAAUGAUGUUAAAACUAGUUCCUUGCAAGAAGUGAUCCUCACACAUACAUUUUACAAUCCCAUUUAUAUGUUUCUUCUGUGGAUACUGCGCGACAAUUUCGUCGGGGCUAGCAGGAAGUUACAAGAACUUCGAAUCCUAUUGCAGUCCGAAGAUCACAAGAAAAGGAUACAAAGUUUUCUCGCCGACCGACAGAUACAAUGGCGUUUCAAUCCUCCAAAUUCACCACACUUUGGCGGUUUUUGGGAAGCCGCGGUGAAAUCAUUUAAACGCCAUCUCAUCUGUGUCGUCGGCGAGGAACUCUUGACUUUUGAGCAUCUCAACAUCCUGAUCAUUGAAGUCGAAGCGAUCCUCGACACACGCCCAUUGACUCCCAUAUCAUCCGAUCCGAAUGAUCUCCCUGUCCUCACUUCCGGUCAUUUUAUAAUAGGUGACAUACUAACGAGCUUACGGGAGCGUGAUUUCAGGACAGUUCCACCAGGCCGGUUAUCCAGUAGGCAGCGCAUCCACCAAAUCAAACAACACACCUUGAACAGAUGGUAUCGAGAAUACCUCACCGAGCCGGCCAGCCGUAACAAACGGAUCAAGGGGAGUCACGGCAUUCCAGAAGGCACCAUUGUUAUCCUCAGGGAGGAUAAUGUUGCAUCAAUACAAUGGCCCUUGGGUCGCGUAAUUAAGGUUCACCCAAAAGUCGAUGGAAUCAUAAGGACAGCUACGGUAAAAACGGCAGUAAGUGUUCUGGAUCGUAGCGUCAAACGACUGGUUCCCCUAUCCUGUCAACUCGAGCAAGACGAUAUGGAUGCAAGUGUAAACGGUUACGGUGGUAAAAGUUUCUUAUAA